GUGUGGGUGUUUUUUUUUUACUUAAGAGUUAGGCUAGUAGAAAAAAUAAUAGCAAGAAGCCAACUGAAACGCUAGCUUUUGCAUUUCAACUCGUGUAUAAGUAUUUAGCGAGUUGUUGCAGUGCGGCGUCUUCAACUUGCAAAAAAUUUCAGCGCUUCUUGUGCCGCGUUUAGUUUUGCGUCGGCAACUAAAACUAUACAACAAAAAAACUGUACAUUUUAUCUCUAAGCUUAACGAAAGUAGUGACAGAAUGGAAAACGGUAGCGGAAAAUCUGGUGGAAUGUCCAUCGAGCAGAUGUAUCAGAAGAAGACCCAAUUGGAGCAUAUUCUACUACGUCCCGAUUCGUAUAUUGGCUCCGUUGAGUAUACCAAAGAGCUAAUGUGGGUCUAUGAUUUCGAAAACAAUCGUAUGGUGCAACGUGAGAUCUCUUUUGUGCCAGGACUCUAUAAAAUAUUCGAUGAGAUCCUUGUAAAUGCGGCCGAUAAUAAGCAGCGCGAUAAGUCAAUGAACGCGAUUAAGAUUGAUAUUGAUGCCGAGAAGAAUGUCAUCUCCAUAUGGAAUAAUGGUCAGGGUAUACCAGUAACUAUGCACAAGGAGCAAAAAAUGUAUGUACCGACAAUGAUCUUUGGUCAUUUGUUGACCUCCUCAAAUUACAAUGAUGAUGAGAAGAAAGUAACUGGUGGACGUAAUGGUUAUGGAGCGAAACUCUGCAAUAUAUUCUCCACAUCUUUCACUUUGGAGACAGCCACCAAGCAGUAUAAGAAAUCCUUUCAACAAACAUGGGCCAACAACAUGGGCAAAGCAUCCGAGGCAAAUAUUAAAGAUUUUAAUGGCACUGAUUUUACCAGGAUCACCUUCAGUCCAGAUUUGUCUAAAUUCAAGAUGGAAAAAUUGGAUGAGGAUAUUGUGGCACUAAUGUCGCGUCGUGCAUUUGAUGUGGCUGCCUCAACAAAAGGCGUCUCCGUGUUCCUUAAUGGCAAUAAGUUGUCUGUGAAAAAUUUCAAGGAUUACAUUGAUUUGCAUAUUAAGAAUCAGGACAGUGAUUCGGGUCAGCCAAUUAAGGUGGUCUACGAGGCCUGCGGUGAACGUUGGGAGGUGGCCUGUUGCCCCUCGGAUCGCGGCUUCCAGCAGGUUUCGUUUGUCAACUCGAUUGCCACCUACAAGGGUGGACGGCAUGUUGAUCAUGUGGUCGAUGGUGUAAUCAAGCAGUUAAUUGAAGUUCUCAAAAAGAAAAAUAAAGGUGGCAUUAACAUCAAGCCCUUCCAAGUGCGCAAUCAUCUCUGGAUCUUUGUCAAUUGUCUUAUCGAGAAUCCCACAUUUGAUUCUCAGACGAAGGAGAACAUGACUUUGCAGGCGAAAAGUUUUGGCUCCAAAUGUACAUUGUCUGAGAAAUUCAUUGCCAAUGUAUCGAAAUCGGGCAUAGUUGAAUCUGUAUUGGCUUGGGCUAAAUUUAAGGCCCAAAAUGAUAUAGCCAAAACGGGUGGCAGAAAAUCUGGCAAAAUUAAGGGUAUACCCAAGCUGGAAGACGCAAACGAGGCUGGUGGCAAAAAUUCCAUUCAAUGUACUCUCAUCCUUACCGAGGGAGACUCAGCCAAAUCGUUGGCUGUCUCUGGUUUGGGUGUAAUUGGUCGCAAUUAUUAUGGAGUUUUCCCGCUGCGCGGUAAACUUCUCAAUGUGCGAGAGGCGAACUUCAAACAGCUCACAGAAAAUGCUGAAAUUAAUAAUCUCUGCAAGAUUAUUGGAUUGCAGUAUAAGAAGAAAUAUUUAACCGAGGAUGAUUUAAAAACAUUACGUUAUGGCAAAGUCAUGAUAAUGACAGAUCAGGAUCAGGAUGGCUCUCACAUCAAGGGAUUGCUAAUCAAUUUCAUACACACCAAUUGGCCGGAACUGUUGCGUCUGCCCUUCCUUGAAGAGUUCAUUACACCCAUUGUGAAGGCGACCAAGAAGAAUGAGGAACUCUCAUUCUAUUCAUUGCCAGAAUUCGAAGAAUGGAAGAUGGAUACACCGAAUCAUGCAACCUACCAUAUAAAGUACUAUAAGGGUUUGGGUACUUCAACCUCUAAGGAAGCUAAGGAGUAUUUCCAAGAUAUGGAACGCCAUCGCAUACUGUUCAAGUACGAUGGCCAAGCGGAUGAUGAUAACAUUGUGAUGGCAUUCUCGAAGAAGCAUGUCGAUUCUCGUAAAACCUGGCUCACCAAUCACAUGGACGAGGUGAAGCGACGCAAACAACUAAAUCUACCCGAACGAUAUCUCUACACGAAGGGCACAAAGCAUAUCACCUACUCGGAUUUCAUCAAUCUUGAAUUGGUUCUAUUCUCGAAUUCCGAUAACGAACGCUCCAUACCCAGUCUAGUGGAUGGCCUAAAGCCUGGUCAGCGCAAAGUGAUGUUCACUUGCUUUAAAAGGAAUGAUAAACGCGAGGUUAAGGUUGCUCAAUUAUCGGGCUCAGUAGCCGAAAUGUCUGCCUAUCAUCACGGUGAAGUUUCCCUGCAAAUGACCAUUGUGAAUCUCGCCCAGAAUUAUGUCGGCUCGAAUAACAUUAAUUUGCUUGAGCCCAGAGGUCAGUUCGGUACCCGUUUGACUGGUGGCAAGGAUUGUGCCAGCGCUCGUUAUAUUUUCACACUGAUGUCGCCGCUUACUCGUCUAAUUUAUCAUCCACUUGAUGAUCCAUUGCUAGACUACCAGACCGAUGAUGGUCAACGCAUUGAGCCUUUGUGGUAUUUGCCAAUUAUUCCAAUGGUUUUGGUCAAUGGCGCCGAGGGCAUUGGCACCGGUUGGUCCACCAAAAUAGCCAACCAUAAUCCACGCGAAAUUAUUAGAAAUCUGCGACGUAUGAUCAAUAGUGAGGAUCCAUUGCCAAUGCACCCAUGGUAUAAGAACUUCAGGGGACGCAUUGAAUAUGUCUCUGAUGGUCGAUAUGUUCACACAGGCAACAUUCAAAUGUUGCCCGGCGAUCGCAUUGAAAUCACUGAAUUGCCUCUGGGCGUUUGGACGCAAACCUACAAGGAAAACGUUCUCGAAGUCCUUUCGAAUGGCACAGAUAAGGUAAAGGCAGUUGUCUCCGAAUAUCGCGAAUAUCACACAGAUACCACAGUUCGAUUUGUUGUCUCUUUCGCUCCGGGUGAAUUUAAUCGUCUCCGUUCGGAAGAAGGAGGAUUCUAUCGUGUAUUUAAACUGACGUCCUCAUUGUCGACCAAUCAAAUGCACGCAUUCGAUCAAAGCAAUUGCCUGCGUCGAUUCCCAUCAUCAAUAGACAUCUUGAAGGAGUUUUACACACUUCGUGUGGAGUAUUAUUGCCGUCGAAAGGAUUAUUUGGUGGGUCAGUUGACAGCACAGGCGGAUCGUCUUAGCGAUCAGGCGCGAUUCAUUCUCGAGAAAUGCGAAAAGACUUUGGUAGUGGAGAACAAACAGCGCAAGGCUAUGUGUGAGGAGCUAGCUAAGCGUGGCUACCGCCCAGAUCCAGUGAAGGAGUGGCAGCGCAGCAUUAAAUUAGAAGAUGCUGAAAAGGACGAGGAAGAGGAUGAGGGAGAAGAGGCUGGCGAGGCUGCAGCCAGCGGUAGCAAAAAGGUCAAAAAGGAAGUUGAUCCCGAAAAGGCGUUUAAGAAGCUAACAGAUGUCAAGAAAUUCGAUUAUCUACUGGGCAUGUCCAUGUGGAUGCUUACCGAGGAAAAGAAGAAUGAAUUACUGAAGCAGCGUGACUCCAAAUUAAGUGAGCUUGAUAAUCUAAUGAAGAAGACACCACAAUUGCUUUGGCUCGACGAUCUAGAUGCUUUAGAAGAUAAGCUGAACGAAGUGGAGGAGAAAGAGCGCCUCGAGGAACAGGGCAUCAAUCUGAAGACGGCCAAGGCCUUGAAAUCACAAAAGGGUGCUGCCGGUUCUAAAGGUCGUAAGGCCAAGUCAGCUGCUGGAUCUGGUGCUACUGGUGACGUCUUCCCUGAUCCCGAGGGUGAGCAUGUUGAAUUUAAGGUAACCGAGGAGAUCAUUAAAAAAAUGCAAGCCGCGGCGAAAGCAACUCUCAAAGAGCCCAAGGAACCUAAAGUUAAGAAGGAAGCAGCACCAAAGGGUAAGCCCAAAUCCGAAGAAAUGGACGAAUUUGAUGCGCUCGUCGAAGGUGGUGCAAAGACCUCACCAAAGGCUGGCAAAAAAGCAGCAGCAGUGAAGAAGGAACCGGCAGAAAAGAAACCCCGUCAAAAGAAGGAGAACGGUGAUGGUAUGAAGCAGUCGAAGCUCGACUUUACCAAGGGUAAAAGAAAAAAUGCCAAUUCAGAUGAUGAUGAAGACAUGGAAGUGGUGGAUGUAGCUCCACGUGCCGAACGUCCUGGACGUCGUGCUGCAUCCAAAAAGAUUGAUUACUCCUUCCUUAUAUCCGACGAGGAAGGCGAAGGCGGUGGAGCUGAGAAAACGGCUAGCGAUGAAGAAGCCAGUGGUCCGGAGAAUACCGAAGAGGAUACACCAGUAAAGGUAGCAGGAAAGCGUCAACGUGACGAUGAAAGCAGUGGAGGAGCUAAGAAAAAGGCUCCAGCCAAAAAGAAGCGUGUUAUCGUAGAAAGCGAUGACGACGAUGAUGCUGUUGAUCUUGAUGAUGAUGAUGAUGAUGAUUCAGACUAUUAGAUUGAGGGCCACUCUAUAUAUAUUUACAAAUAUAUAUACAUAUAUACGGUUAAUCCAUAUAAAGAUUGUCAAGUAUUUAAAAAAACAAAUCAUGAUGAUAGUGAGGGAGUGAAAAGCUAAUUCGAAAGUAGAUUUAACUUCAUACAGUAGUUUAUAAUUAUACUGAUACAAAAAUACGACACAUUAAUCGAGAAGUAUAACCAAAUUGAGGAUUCGCGUAUUAACUGGUUUUUCAUUUUUAUAUGGUUGAAAUUUUUAAUUCCAUUUUUUAUUUUCUGUUUGAUUUUCAAAAACGAAUAAUGAUACAACACAAGUAAAUCCUACAUACUACACAUACAUAGACUUCGCUACAUUCUUUCACUUGUAGCUGAUCUCUGAUGCCAAUUCUCAGAGCCAGCGCGAUGAUCCACCCACAGCAACAACAACAACAAACCACUACAUACAUAUACUAAUUAAUGUUUUAAAUUGUUUCAUAAACAUAGUAUGUAGUUUUCAUAAAUAAAAAUCUUUUUAUGUAAAUAAACUCUUGACGUACA